AUGGCCACCUAUGGUACACUGAGUGAUGGUGAAAGUGGCGUUGAGGCGGUAGACGAUCGCGGGCCACUUGAAUCCCAAGAACAUGAUCAUCCCGAAUUGUCAGGCAAAAAUAUCGGCCCGUUAGCGGCCUUAUUUAAUUUCCUGAAGGGCACUAUUGGGACUGGAAUCCUGGCCUUACCGAUUGCUUUUAAACGUUCUGGCUUAUGUCUUGGUUUAAUUUUUUUACUUUUCUACGCUUGUCUUUCGACUUACCUUAUGCAUGUUUUAUUGUCCAUAUCGGAGGAGGUGAUCAUUAAGAACAAUCUUGACCGAAGUAAAAUUGACUACACAGAAGCUGUGUUCUAUAUUGUCAAAUUUGGUCCUGAACGUUUUAGAAUUUAUAAAGGCAAAGCCAAGCACACAGUUAACGUCUUUUUGGUACUUACCCAGAUUGGAUUUUGUUGUAUCUACAUGCUCUUCGUAGCACAGAAUACCAAAUACUUUAUAGAAACAACAUGGCCGGAAGUCCACGCAAAUCUUUAUUUAAUCGGAUUUAUCGUCACAAUGUUGCUAGUUAUACUAAAUAUCAAGAUGGCAAUCUGGGUGUUUGCUAUCCCCUCUGCCAUUGCACUGGUUGCCACAAUGCUGGGUCUGAUCCUCAUCUUUGCCUACAUAUUUUCCACUGGUCUUAAAGACAUCGCUUCCCUUCCUGCCUUCACCUCCUUCGACGAGAUACUCGUUGCACUGGGCAUCUUCAUUUUCUCUUUUGAGGGGAUUGCUUUGACUCUGCCCAUCCAGAGCCGGAUGCGAGACCCGGAGCGUUUCGUGAUGCCGUUCGGGGUGCUCAACACCACCAUGGUGAUCGCCGCUUGCCUCUGUCUCACCAUUGGUUUCUUUGGCUACCUUCGUUUCGGCGACGCUAUCCUUGGGAGCAUUACCUACAAUAUUCCAAGUUCACCUCCGUGUGUAGGCCGUUUCGUUCUUCUAUCUAACUACCUUCAUUGGCUAACUAUCUGUCUGUCUACAUUCUGUAGUAUCUAUGCCGCGGUGAAACCUCUUUUCAUAUGUGCCAUCUUCCUCUCCUACGUGCUACAGUUCUAUGUCCCUGCCACUAUCUUCGGACGAUUGAUGCUUAAGUGGCGGUGGCAUCGUGAAGCCUCACCACGUCGACAAUCCAUCUGUCGCAAGAUCAUGCGCGUGUUCAUUAUCCUAUUCACUUACGCGGUGGCGAUGCUGGUGCCACACUUGGACCUUAUGGUGUCAUUGCUGGGCGCAGUCUCGAGUUCUGCACUGGCAUUGCUGGUGCCACCAAUGCUGGAACUGCUUCACCGCUGGCCGGAGCGUCAGCAAAUUCCACGUUUUUACCUCACAGUGGUGACCAAAAACGUUGUGAUCCUUGCCGUGGGUGUCUUCUCUGCUGUCUGUGGUACCGUUGCCACUUUCAUCGAGAUCGUCAACACACUUUGA